CCACCUGGAACCCACGCGGGCUUAAUCAGUCCGAACUUAAAGCACCCGUGGGUGAGUGCGCGGCCCACGUCCACGCGGACUGUGCUGUGGGGGCGAUGGCCAGCAUAGACGUCCUGAAGAGCAGGUUCUACGCCUAUGACAAGAUGUACAGCCAGGAGCUGCGGGAGCAGAGCUUCGCCGACUGGCCGUUCAGAGAGGACUGCAACUGCACACCUGAGAAGAUGGCCCGAGCCGGGUUCGUCCACUGCCCCAGCGAGAACGAGCCCGACGUCGCCUGCUGCUUCUUCUGUCUGAUUGAGCUGGAGGGAUGGGAGCCCGACGACGACCCACUGUUUGAACACCUUAAGCGUUCGCCCAAGUGUGGGUUCCUGGGCAUGAGGAAGGACUUCACGGAGCUGAGUGUGGCGCAGUUCUACCACAUGGAGAAGAGCCGGCUGAAGGUCUACAUGAAAAAAGUCUGUCAUAAGAAGAUGGCCGCUUUGCGGGACGACAUCAUCCGUAUAAAGGGGAGCCUUCAAAGCCAGCUGGACUCCGUUGACCAUCUAAAUGCCUGAUUUGAUUUUAUUUAUUUUUUUUUUUACUGCUGCACCGGACUGUGAGGGUGUGCAUCAUGUCUGUAAUAAAUAAAGAUGAGGACUUUA